AUGUCCUGGGAAGGAUUCAAAAAGGCUGUGAAUAGAGCAGGUUCCUCUGUUCUGGUUAAAAGUGCAGACAAAAUCAAUGACCGAGACUAUGACUCGGAAGAAAGACGGUUCAAAACGCUGGAAACGGCAGCAACCAAUUUGCAGAAAGAAACCAAGGGAUACCUGGAUUCCCUGAGAGCUGUAACAGCUUCUCAAGUUGCGAUCGCUGAGAUUAUUAGUAAUUUGUAUGAAGAUACCAAGUUUUCAGGACAGUACAAUUCUGUUGGCUCCUAUUACCUUCAAUGUGUGCAAGAGUUUGACCAAGAAACUGUCAAACAGUUAGAUGGUCCCUUCCGUGAGACCGUUUUGGAACCCAUUUCCAAAUUUUGCUCUUAUUUCCCAGAAGUUUCUGAAGCCAUAAAGAAACGUUCCCACAAGAAGACUGAUUAUGAGCAAUCAAAAUCCAAAGUUCGUAGACUGAUCGACAAGCCAGCCAAAGAUGCCACCAAACUUCCUCGAGCAGAACGUGAGUUACAGCUUGCUAAGGAAAUCUAUGACGAUCUGAACGCUCAAUUAAAGGAAGAAUUGCCUCAAUUGGUGGGCCUCCGUGUUCCAUACUUUGACCCUACGUUUGAAGCUCUUGUCAAAAUUCAAUUGAGAUUCUGUACCGAGGGAUAUACUCGUUUGGCACAAGUGCAGCAAUACCUGGACCAAACAUCCAGAGACGACUAUGCGAACGGAUUACUUGACGGAAGGAUCGAUGGACUGAUCCAGGAAAUGAACCAGUUGAACAUCUGUGCCCUCGGUACCAAAUAG